AAUGCCCGGAUUAGUCAUUUUUAGAAGGAGGUGGUCUGUAGGCUCCGACGACUUAAUUGUCCCUGGUAUAUUUUUAUUCACUGUACAUUUGAUUUGGUUAAUUAUUCUCGGUUGUGUUGUGCUAAUAUUCAAUUUUGAGAAAGAAGAUUUAUGCGUUGAAUAUUUAUGGAUAUUUAAUAUUGGUUACAUAUCGAUUCUCUUAGUGUCUCUGUUGAUCGAAUUGGGAAUAUGCACAUUAAGUAUGAGAGGUAGCAUAUUAGAUCCUGAGCCAAGAGAAUUAAUGAAAUAUUGGCUUUAUUCUCGGAUUUUUGUGAUGCUUGUGGAUUUAUCUUGGCUGAGUUUGGGAACGUAUUGGUUGUAUGAAUUUUAUAUGAAAUGUCCCAUAGAACAACCCAAAGAUGCAAUGAUAGGUACAAUUGCUUGCAAUUGGAUAGUAAAUUUGACAAUAAUUACAACAGUAUGGUGUACUUUUGACCCAGCUGGUCGAUCGUGGGUCAAAAUGAAAAAAUAUCAACGAUCAAUGCGUGAGUCUGAAUCAAGAUUUCAAUAUAAACGAAGUGGUCAUCGAAAUUGGAGGCAACGCAAAGUAAUUCGUGCUUAUCAAGAUAGUUGGAAUCACCGAUGUCGUCUUAUGUUUUGUUGUAUUGGAACUAGCGAUCGCAAUCGCAAUUCUUUUGCUGACAUUGCUCGUUUGUUAUCUGAUUUUUUUCGUGACUUAGAUGUUGUUCCUUCAGAUGUUGUCGCUGGUCUGGUUCUUUUACGUAAAUUCCAAAAACUUGAACGUGAUUCAAUUAUAAGACAACGCAAAAACGACACUUAUGAAUUUUUGAGUGGAGUUCCAAUUACUCCACGAACUCAGUUCCUGCCAUUGAACGAUAAUGCUGUGUAUGACUUUUUUCAAUGCGUCAUACAUUAUAUGCAAUAUGCAAUAAGUGCAUAUGGGUGGCCUAUGUACUUAAUGACAGACAAAACAGGAGUGAUGAAAUUGUGUCCUAAGUUAUCGUGUUAUCCUACAUGUUGUUGUUGUUCAUGCUGCAGAAAGCCAAAACCAUCAAACGUAGAAGUUAUAGAAGACAAUUGUUGCUUGUGUAACUUUGCCGCGCUUAAAAGCAUGUUAAACACAGGAGAUAUCGAAGUUAUUUAUGCCACUUUUCACGUCGACGUAGGCGAAACUCCAUUCUUUAUAUCCAUCGAUUACACACAUAAAAAGAUCGUAAUUAGUAUUCGUGGUACAUUAAGUAUGCAAGAUGUACUCACAGAUUUAAACGCUGAAGGCGAGGUACUACCUAUAGAGCCACCUAGAGACGAUUGGUUAGGACACAAAGGAAUGGUCCAAGCAGCAAUUUAUAUAAAAGAUUCAAUAGAAAAAGAAAACCUUAUUGAGAAAGCUCAGUUACACAAUCUCCAACGCAAUACUCAGACGUUUGGCCUAGUGAUGGUUGGACAUUCUUUGGGAGCAGGGACUGCAGCAAUAUUGGCAAUAUUAAUGAAACAAAAAUAUCCAGAUUUGGAAUGUUACAGUUACUCACCUCCAGGAGGAUUACUUAGUAUGCCUGUGGUUGAGUAUUCCAAGUCAUUCAUAACAUCAGUAGUAGUUGGAAAAGAUGUGGUACCUAGAAUUGGUUUACAUCAAAUGGAAUCGCUAAGGGCCGAUUUGAUCAAUGCAAUAACUAGGAGUGUAGAUGCAAAAUGGAAGACUAUAGCUUGCUCUGUCAUCUGUUGUUGUUGUGGCCCAGAGCCUACUUCCGUCACAGAAAUGUCAACCAAAGAUUCCAACAUUAAUAAAUAUAAUGAACAAAGAACUACUGCACGACAAAGUACCGUCCAUCCAAAUGACAACUCAAUAGCUUUAACUUUACACAAUCCAUUAUAUCCACCAGGACGCAUAAUUCAUGUUGUGAGACAUCAUCCUUCCGAAGAUGAGCACAAGUACGAGAAGACUUGGAGGCAAAUGUUAAAUAACGAACCUGUAUAUCAAGCAAUAUGGGCACAGAACACAGAUUUUGAUGAAGUUAUUAUUUCACCUGUGAUGCUACAGGACCAUAUGCCAGAUACUGUAUUGGAAGCACUUAAGAAAGUCGCCAUUGUAAAAAAUAAUCCUCCUUCUGCCACUAAAUUACUCGUACGAGAAGCGACGACCAUAGUUCAUAGCAUAAGUGAUACUAGGUUGUAACAACUUAUGGCCCUCGCAAACCUAAUCGUCAACCAUCUGUAGUAGAGGAUUUUGAUGAGGACAACAACAUGAAAUUUCAUCAUAGUCCUAUUUCCACAUCGAGAAUCUGUAAGGAAACGUCUUUU